AUGGACGACGCCGACGACGACGUCGUCGUCGACGACGCCACGCGGGCGGAGAUCUCGCGCGCGCUCGACGCGCUCCUCGGCGGUGAGCUUCGCGCGCGCGCGAUGGCGCGUAACCCGCGCGCGGUGGAACACUUUGAACGCGUGCGAGCGGCGGCGGGGGAUGGACGCGACGGCGGUGGAGACGCGGCGACGCGCGAUGGGAGCGAGAACAUCGCGCCGAGGGCGUUGUUGGCGCUGUUUGAACGCCCAGUGGAGACGGACGUGGCGAGCGAGAGCGAUUCGGAGAGCGAGGUCGAGGAGGACGCGGAUUCGGACGGGACGUACGAAACCGUCGCGGGCGUGGCGUACGGGACGAAGAUUGCGAUUUGUCGGUUCAGAGGGUCGAUCGAGGAGGAGAAGGGGAAGGAGAUGGAUGAAAACGUGGAUGGGGAGGACGACGGGGCGAUGGAUUCGGACUCGGACGAUGCGUACGGUGGAUACGCGAGUAGCUCGAGCGAAAACAUCGUCAAGCGCAUGGCGCGCCUGCGCGCGAGGCCGAUGGGGACGUGUGAAGAGAUCGAACUGGCGGACGACGAUAAACCGCACACCGGGAACAUUCGUGCGUUUCGGGUGAGCCCCGACGGGGCGUGGUUCCUCAGCGCUGGUGACGACAAGUUGGUGAAGCUCUGGAGCGUGGAUGGUUGGCGGUGCGUGCGAACAAUUUCCAACACAAAGAAAAUUUCGAGCGCGUGCUUCACGCCGGAUUCCAGGCACUUGCUUUUCGCCGAUAAGUUUGGAGAGGUGUUCGCGUGCGAAGUCGGCUCCGAUGCGGAGCCGACGUUGAUGCUAGGACACUGCUCGACAAUCAUCACUGACAUCGCGUGCAUGAAUGGCGGGAAAAACGGCUACGUAAUCACAGGAGACCGGGAGCACAAGACGCGCGUUAGCGUGCUUCCGAAAGUUGAGCAUCGCACUGCGUUCAACGGCUCGGCACCGGAGAUUCAAUCGUUCUGUUACGGUCACGAACAGUACAUCUCGUGCGUACAACCGCUGACGCAACCCGAGCGAAAGAAAAAGGGAUGGGGAGCUUUCAAGGAUUGCAUCAUCACGGGUAGCGGUGACGCCACGGUGCGCAUGUGGGACGCCGUGACGGGCGAGGAGACGGAUGCAAACGCGCGCAUCGACCUCGCGUACGGAGAAAUUUGCGACAUCGCUACUCGAUCCGAGGGAACGCACGUGGCGGUGGCGAUCGAGGACAAAAAGAUGCUCGCCGUUGUGCACCUCACGUCGUUCAAGGGCGUUCCCAAACUAUUCCUGGUUGGUUACGGUCCGGACUGGGCAGAGUGCGCGCAAACGAUCAAAUUCGAUCGUCGCAUGGUCUUGUACGGAGCCGGCGUUCGAAAGAAUGAGGAUGGCUCGCAAACAGCCGUGUUCAUGCGCGAAGGCACGGUCAUUGACGGCCUGAGCGUGACGCUGAGCGCGGCAGAGAGCGUUGGAAUGACGUAUUUCUCACAGUUACGCAAACGAGAGUACAGCGAGGCGCAGCGAAUGGAGCGGAAGGCGAAUCGGAAGGAUAUGCUCAUCGCAGCUACCAAAAAGGCUCAGGAGGAGCAACGUGCAAAGAAAAGGAAACCCGAAGACGAGAGCCUCGAGAAGACGGAGAAAGAAAAGUAG